AUGGCAUCCGACCCGCGAGCCCUCGGUCUUAUCGACGCCAGCAUUUCCGAGCUCCAAGAGGCUCUGACACUAGGAUGGACAACAAGCGUUGAACUGGUCGCGAAAUAUCUGCGACGGAUCAGUGUGUAUGAUGCAGCCGGACUUACACUCAGUGCAAUUCCCAUACUCAACCCGUCUGCUUUCAGAGAAGCCGAAGAAUCAGAUGCACGAAGAGCUGCUGGGCUUCCGCCUAGACCGCUAGAAGGCAUUCCCUAUCUUGUCAAAGACAGCAUCAAGGUAAAGGGCAUGACGGUAGCCUGCGGUUCUCCGGCAUUUGAGGGCCUCAUUGCCACCGACGAUGCUGCAUGUGUGAAGAUACUUCGAGACGCAGGAGCAGUGCUAUUAGGACGGACGAACAUGCCCGCAAUGGCCUACGGAGGCAUGCAGCGCGGCUCAUAUGGUCGCGCCGAGAGUCCAUACAAUAUGGAGUACCUGACGGCAGCAUAUGGAUCUGGGUCUUCCAACGGCUCUGCCACUGCCACUGCCGCGAACUUUUGUGCAUUCAGCUUGGGCUCUGAGACUGUAUCUUCAGGAAGAUCCCCAGCGUCAAAUAAUUCCAUUAUUGCCUACACACCCUCAAAAGGCCUGUUGCCUCUUCGCGGAGUGUGGCCUUUGUAUCCAACCUGCGAUGUACUGGUGCCUCAUACUCGCACGAUGUCCGAUCUCUUUCAGGUGCUCAAUGUCCUAGCCGUCACUGACCAGAAUCCUGAAGGAGACUUUUGGAAAGAGCAAAAGCUCGUAUCGCUGCCGUCUGUCAAAACCGUCCGCCCACAGAACUACGAGGAGUUAGCAAAGGGAUCUUCUCUGCAGGGUAAACGGCUAGGAAUACCUUCCAUGUUCAUCAACUCCAAAGACACACUCCCAAACAAGAUCCGCACAAGGCCCUCAAUUAUUGCGCUCUGGGAAUCAGCAAAGCUUGCUCUCGAGUCGUGCGGUGCCACUGUAGUCGAAGUCGACUUCCCUCUCCUCGCCACAUACGAAGCCAAUGUUCAUCGCAAUCAAUUGGUGAACAUCAAAAAUCUUCCAGAGAAAUGGCCGGCAAAGGAACGAAGCGAUCUAGUUGCUCAUGCCUGGGACGACUUUCUGGCCACCAACGCUCAUCCAGGCUUGAACUCUUUGACACGUGUGGACCCUGACGAUAUCUUUCCUCUUGCUCCUGGGUCACUUAGAGGAGCGCCGAUCCCAGCAAACCAACUUCAGUGGAAGCAAAUCGUCGAGUAUCCCAAGUCUAAGCCGGGUUCUAUCUUUGAUAUCUCAGAGAUGGAGCAAGCGCUCAGAGCUCUCGAGAACGCACGGAAGGAAACACUUGAAGAGUGGAUGGAUAAGGAAGGUUUGGACGCGAUUGUGUUCCCAGCGAAUGCAGACAUUGGGCGCGCGAAUGCCGACGUCGACCAUGAAUCUUCCCGGUUUGCGUGGGAGAACGGGGUGAAGUACUCCAAUGGUAACCAGGCUAUCCGUCAUUUGGGUGUUCCUACCAUUUCUGUUCCGAUGGGUCUGAUGGAGGAUACGAUGAUGCCGGUCAAUUUGACUUUUGCAGGAAAGGCGUACGAAGACAGCAAGCUCAUGGAGUAUGCCUACGCAUUCGAGACGGAGACGAAGCACCGGUCACUGCCAAAACUUGUGCCUGAAUUAGAUUCGGACUUUAUCUCAAAGAGUUCGAGCGGUAUACGUUCAAAAGGUGUGGUGGAAAACGCACUGAUCGAGGUGGGUAGUCAGUCUAAGAAUAUCAUGGACUCAACAGUCAGUCUCAAAAUCGAAGGAACACUUCGAGUCCCUGAAGGAAUUGAAUUGGGUCAUUUCGACUGCUAUGUCAAUGGGAACCCAGUUGAUGUGACGGUGGAUGGAAAUCGAUGGAGUUUGGAAACCACAUAUCCCAAAUCUGCUCGUGACAGCACGUGGUCUCGAUGGAGAAGCCCUGCUGCCCAUCAGACCAUAGUGGUUCUCGUUGCGCGCUUUAAUGGCUGUCGUGUAGCUGGUAGAUUGCUUCUACUCUGAAAUUUGUGGACAUUUCGCAACGACUGUAUGGUUAUGAAAGCCCUAGCUCAAGAUAGUCAAUACAAAUUUGGAAGCACAAAGGCCAUACUUAGGAUAUUCUGCGCCAGCACAUCAACCUUUAAAGCAGUUGCAGAGAGGUAUCUUAUCCCUUAAUCCAUCGCUGAUCCGCCUUGUCGUAACCAAUAAGCUUGAAGUCAAUGUUCAGCGUCUUCAGCAUCAUAUCCAUCGUAAACUCCUACAAAACCGCAAACAAAAUUAGCGUAUCCAAUCCGGAAAACCUCCAAGAAGUAAACAUACCUCAGACUCAUUCGCCUCUGCCUCCCGUUUCUUCUGUUCCUCCCGAGCCUUCUUCUCAGCCUCCUCCCUCAUCUCCGCCCUGCGAGCCUCCACCUCAUCCGCAUCGAAAUCAAGAGCUUCUGCAUUAACAUUACCAAACCACGACUCCAUCUCCUCCUGCUCCCAUCUAUUUGCCUCGAGCUCUUCAUCUCUACUCGAAGACUCGAUACGGAGAGCCUGCUGCACUGUAUCGAGUUCGGAGCGGAGGGUCGCCAGGCGAGACUGUAGCGUUCGUUGCUCUUUCUGCAGGCCUUGGAUCUCCGGGUCUGUUGAUACCGGCUUUCGCAAAGCGGCGGUGUGUGCGGCGGAUUCUGUGGGGUUUUUUCGAGCGAUGGAGUGGUUUGAGUGGACGGGUUAGAUGCUAUGCUCUGGCCCUUCUCUGGCGAUGCGGCCUCCUCUUUUAUCACUGUUGGCGUGUCUCUGCGGAGAGGAGACUUGAACGGUCUGGACAGUGCAGCAGACGCUUUGUCGAGACGGCGCCGCUUAGCAGAGGCAGUUUGAGAUGACAUUAGCGAGGCGAGCAGUACGCUCAAUCAAAGAAUACCGUUAAGUGGCAUUGGAUACUGUAAAGAAUGCAAUCUGAGUUGGUUAUGUCAAGAUAGCCUUGUGUUAAGGUGAUGAAAGCAAAGUGGAGGAAAUGAGAUCAUAAAAGUAGAAAAGUUGCUUCUUAUCCAUGAUCAGGUAAAUUGAGCGAGUGGUCCUCCCCUCGAGGCAAUUUCAAAACUCAUAAAAAAUUCAACGCUUUUUCAGAACCAAGACUUCCUCAUGGUAUUCUUGUCCGAUACCAAUGCUCGAUUCUUCCCAUCUCCUUCUCUGCCUUAUCCCAUGGUUCCAGUAACCUAGUUUUUUUUUUCAGCAUCCUUGCAUAAGCCUCUCCCUUCGCCUCCUCUCCGUUUCUACCGCAACACAAACUAACAUCAAUGUCUAUCACUCGCAACUCCAUGAUUAUAAGCCCAUAUACCAGCCAAAGCUCAUCCCAGGCCCCAUGCCUGAUCGACGAAGUUUUAUGCUGCUCCUCGUCCUCUUCGUCGCGCGCGAUGACUAUCCGUAGCCUGCGUAUACUCUUGAGCGCAUUGAAAAGCCCCGGCGACCGAAUAAGGCGCUCAUACCAAUCAUCCGUGUCCCAGUAUCUCUGUCUAAACAUGAGUUCGGUCUGUCCCAUUGUCCGGUCGUAAGACGUGCAGUCAUAUUUGCAGGUGGCAUGGAACAGAUCUAACGCCAUAGCAAUGCGUGACGAGGGUCAAGUCGGUGCAAGAUUUCGUUACUCUUUUCUCUGCUGGCGGUUCCGGCUGACAAUCACGGUCUCCUUUGGCCAUGCUCACGUUGUCCUUCUCGAAAUCAGCUCUCGAUCGCUUCGUGCCCCGAGCCGUGCCAUGAACAAAAGUGUUCGAGGAGAAAAGUACAUCGGCGGCUUCGCGGUACACCUGGUUAUUUCACGCGCAGCAGGCUUAAGUCCAUUCCCUUCUCCGCAACUAAGCCCAAGUCUCGCGACCAGAUUCUAUCGCUGGCCUUGGAAUGGCUUUUGCUGUUGGCUUGCCCGGCCGGCAUCGCGCGUCUCCAACCACUCUCCUGGCGUAUGGUUCUCAACGAGUCCGCUUAUCAAACGGAAUAAGCCCACCCCCAAACGUUGUUUGAAGAGUCGUUGGCGCCGCUUUCCCAUCCUAUAUGUAGAGCCCUGUCCCCGAAAACGAAUCCGUAGCUGAUGAGCUGGAUCUCGGUCGGAAGUUCGAGCAGGCGGCAGCGGGUGCUGGCCGAGUGGGCGCCAUUUUCACGCAGG